GGGAAGUUGCUCAAUUUUGGAAACUACGAGGCACCAUUAUUAACAUAUAUUUUCAUGGCACAGCAUCACAUAAAGUUUCGUUUUUCAAGCGAUUGUGUGUGCUUUUAUAACUAAUGUAAAGAUAAGGGCAAGUGUUGACAGUUGUGAUGUGGUUCGUCAUAGUUUGACAUUUCAACUGACAAUUAGAGGUAAUAGUUGACGAAACUGAACUAAAAUAGGAUGAGUCAAGAAAUAUCAUCAACGACAUUUGUCCGGAGCCUCCAGCAUGGCACACUGCGUCAACUGUCCGAUUUUUUGGACCCACAAGACAGCUGGAAGAAGGUCUUGGCGGCUAUUCAUAAACCGACUGGGGAGCCGAGAUACACACAACUUCAUCUCAGGCGAUUUGAAAGACUGGUCUCGAUGGGAAAAAGUCCUACCAUUGAACUGCUCUAUGACUGGGGCACCACGAACUGCACAGUGGGGGAACUGGUGGAUAUCUUCCUCAGACACGAAUUAUUGGCGGCAGCGAGUGUUCUGCUUCCAGACAAAUUUCAAAUGGAUGCAGGUGUACAACGCCAUGUUCCGGUACAGGAAACCGUUUCCCCGAGUAGCCAGGCAACGCGUCUGUUUGACCAGAAGGAACAGGCCAGUGACUGCCCACUUCCUGACAGCACCACGAAACCCUGGGAGGAGGAGGAGCCUGACGACACGGGAUUCUACAGGUUUUCCUACGACAGGCUAGCGAAAAUAACGAGCAACUUCGACGAGCGGCCGGCAUCGGAAGGCGGGCGGCGUCUGGGCGAAGGAGGGUUUGGCGUGGUGUACAAGGGCUGCUUUAACGGGAAACAAGUGGCGGUUAAGAAACUCAACUGUGUGGAUGACAUUUCCCCCCAGGAGCUGAAAAUUCAGUUUAACCAGGAGAUUCAAGCACUGAAAAUGUUGAAACAUGUGAACCUGGUAGAGAUGGUGGGCUUUUCAUCUGACAGGGAUCAUCCCUGCCUGGUGUAUGAAUUAAUGGCUAACGGAUCGCUGCUGGACCGGCUAGCCUGCCUGGGGGGGAGCCCUACCCUGUCCUGGAGCAGGAGAUGUGCCAUCACCGUGGGAACAGCAAGAGGUCUUCAAUACCUGCAUGUCAACCAUCACGUUCACAGAGACAUUAAGAGUGGGAACAUCCUGCUGGACGAGGCGCUGGGGCCCAAGAUCUCCGACUUCGGGCUGACGCGGGGCUCGGCCAGGCGGGGCUCCUCCACGGUGCUGACGGAGAAGAUUGUGGGCACCACGGCCUACAUGGCACCGGAGGCCAUGAGGGGCGAGAUCAGCCCCAAGUCCGACGUCUUCAGCUUCGGCGUGGUGCUGUUGGAAGUGCUGUCUGGACUUCCGCCGGUAGACGACAGCCGCGAACCACAGUUUUUGCUGGAAAUGAAAGCAGAAAUCGAGGAUGAAGACAUGACGCUGGAGGACUUUGUGGACAAGAAGAUGGAGGACGGCGAGCCGUUGGCCGUGGAGAAGAUGUUUUCAUUGGCUCGGCUCUGCCUGAACGACAGGAAGGGGCGGCGGCCGGACAUUGCCCAGGUACUGAGGCAGCUGGAGGAUGUCCUCACAACAUCAGCUGAACAUUAAGAGCAGAGCCCUCUUCACAGCAGGAGAAACCCCUCACCAUGCAACUCACCUGGGGCCCCGAGACCUGAUUUUUUUUUUUUUUUUUUUUUUUUUUUUUGCAUUCCUGUAAAUUGUGAACCUAGUCUUAGUCAUUUAAAAGUGGAAUUUCUGGUUUUAAGAAAAUUAAUAACCUCCAGGAAACAAUUAUGUGCUUUUACACUGAGUAUAAUAAAAACAAGAAAACGA